AUGGAAGGAGAAGCUGCCGCUGCCGCCCUUCAAGUUCUUGUUCAAAACCUCGUCGACCACACCAAGAAAGAGUUCUCACUUGUUCGAGGUCUCAACAAAGAAGCAGCAAAACUGACUAAGCGUUUGGGUACCCUCCAGGAGUUCUUGAACGAUGCAGAGAAGCGUACCAUUCCCGGUGGGGCUGUCAAAAGCUGGCUCAAGAAGCUUGAAGACGUGGCUUUCGAUGCUGACAAUGUUUUAGACGAGUUCAACUAUCGUCUCCUUUCCAAAAAAAACAAGCCCAUGAAACAAAAGGUACUAUCAUGCUUCUCAUCAUCAUGCGUUAAUAUUUCACGUUCCCGAAGCAUGGCUCUUAGAAUCCAAGAAAUCGAUGAGAAUUUGGAGUCCAUUAACAAAGAGGCUACCGAGCUUGGACUCAAAGAGACGCUUGCCACCAAUGUACCAACUUUGGCUACCUUUGAAACUGACUCAUUCACUCUUGAUCCAAUUUUUAUUGGAAGAGAUGAUGUGGUGUCAGAAAUAGUUGAGAUUCUUACAACUAGUAUCAAAUCUGAUGAACGUUUAAUUUCUAUCCUUGCCAUUGUGGGAAUGGGAGGAUUGGGGAAGACUACUUUGACUAGGAAAGUCUUUCAUCUUCUAAAAGAAAAGAAUCUGUUUGGAUCACAUAUUUGGGUGCAUGUUUCUCAAAUUUUUGAUCCAAUUGUUCUUUUCAACAAAAUCCUCAAAGCACUGACUUCUCCGAAUCAAGUUGAAAUUGGAAGUAGGGAAGGUGUUCUUGAAAAGCUUCAACAAGUUUUGAAAGAUAAAACUUAUUUUCUUAUUCUUGACGAUGUUUGGAAUGAAGAUCGUCCGACAUGGGAUUGUUUUAUCAAUUCCUUGUUGGGCGUUAGUUCUAUUAAGGGAAAUGUCAUUGUUGUUACCACCAGAAGUAUGGAGGUUGCUUCAACUGUGAGUGCAAUUCAUAUACAUAAGCUUGAAGGAUUAUCAAAAGAUGAUUGUUGGUCGAUAAUCAAAGAAAGAACCUUUGGAAAAGAGAAAGUUCCUUUAAGAUUUGAGGCCAUUGGGACAGAAAUUGCACAAAAAUGUCAAGGUUUGCCAUUAGCUGCCAGCGUAGUCGGUGGAGUACUACGCGAUAAAAAAUCUGAAGAAAAAUGGCGCUCGAUCAAAGAGAAUUGGCUUUCAAGCAGCGAAGGAGAUUAUAUCACAAAGAUAUUGAAGUUGAGCUUUGAUAAUUUGUCUCUACCAUCACUUAAGAAGUGUUUUGCAUACUGUUCGAUUUUUCCUAAAGGUCGCAGAAUCGAAAGGCAGAAAUUGAUCGAGUAUUGGAUGGCAGAAGGAUUUCUUGUAGCUGAUGGAAGCAGUGACAUGGAAUCUAUGGGAGACAAAUUUAUCAAUGUUCUUACACAGAAAUCAUUACUGCAAACUGGAGAAAGAGAUCCUUAUGUUAAUGUGGAAAAUUGUGUGAUGCAUGAUCUUGUGCAUGAUCUUGCAUCUUCUGUUUUAGCCGGUUCUCAUAAUGCAGAUGGCAUAAACCCAGUUCGAUACAUGUUUUUUGAAGAAAAGUCAAGUGAUGUUCUAAAACAAACUGCAAAAUAUUUGCGCACUCUAUUGUCCAUUGAUAAUAUCUGUGGUAACAUGUUCUCAGACUUCAAAUGUCUUCAUAUUUUAACUUUUGGAAGUUAUGAAGGUAAUGAGUUGCCUAGUUCAAUCAUGAAGUUAAUACACUUGAGAGUUCUUGAUAUUGAACACUCAAGAAUUAUUGAUCUUCCGGAUUGGAUUGGUAAGCUGGUUCACUUGCAAACAUUGAGAACUGAUAAUUAUUUCACAAGGAAACUUCCAAUUACGUUGAAGUACUUGACUAACUUAAGGCAUCUUUAUAUUGGGCCUGAUGCACAGUUGCCUGGCGAGAUUGGGAGAUUAACUUCUCUCCAAACACUGGAGUAUUUUCAAGUUGGCGACAAAGAUGGAUGGAAAAUCGAAGAGCUUGGAAGUUUGAAUGGUCUCAAAGGAUAUUUGCAAAUUUCAAAGCUUGAAAAGGUUACUAACAAGGAAGAGACUGAGAAAGCAAGUCUACUUGACAAGUCAAAAUUAUUGAAUUUGUGUUUGAGAUGGGAUCAAACUAGAAAGGAUGAAACUACAAAUGAUGAGAAUGUGUUAGAUGGCCUUCAACCCCACCCAAAUUUGAAGAGGUUAUGGAUUGAAGGAUUCAAGGGAAAAAGAUUUCCAUCAUGGACUCAAAAGAUGGAAGUUGAAAAAGUGCGUCAAACCUCUUGUGUACCACUUAACAAUUUGAUUGAGGUGGGUCUCUAUAACUGCUUUGAAUGUGAAGAAAUCCCAAUAUUUGGGCAGUUGCCAAAUCUCAUGACUCUCCGAUUGGAAGGACUGUGGAAUGUGAAGUCCAUAAGUUCUUCGUUCUAUGGAUUAGAGAAACGGGAGACGUGCAUUGUUUUUCCAUCUCUCAAAAAACUCGAAUUGAGAUGGAUGAUUGAGCUAGCAGAGUGGGCAGAAGUAGAAUCAGAGGGUGCAAGUGGCAUCAAGGUAUUUCCUAAACUCCAAUACUUGAAGAUAGAGUUGUGCCCCAAAUUGAAAGGAUUGCCAAAUGGUACAUGCAACCUCAAUUUGAAAGAGUUGAUUAUAUACCGGUGCCUCAAUUUGAAAGGAUUACCAAAUGGUAUAUGCACCCUCAAUUCUUUGAAGACCUUGCAAGUAGGAGAUUGUCCAAAUUUGGAAUGGUUAGUAGAAGAUAUUGGCGUACAACAAUCACAAGGAAGCCUCGAAUGCUUGAUGAUUAGUGAAUGCAGUGCUCUGCAGUAUUUUCCAUGUGAAAUAAUAGGAUCCUCACUCCACAAACUGCUAUUGGAGAAUAUAAGUAACCUAAAGAAUCUACCUGGAAUAAUUGGGUGCCUCCCAAAAUCACCCCAUCUAAAAUUUUUGAAAAUUGUUGGUAUUCCUCAAUUCAUGACCACCUGUUUUGUUGAGAUCCCACCUUCUUUCAGUAGCUUGGAAAUGUUAGAAUUAGAUGCAAGUAUGGGGGGAUCAAUGGAGAGUGUCGAUGCCUUAUUGCAAGCAUGCAGAAGCAGCUCCCACUCACUUACAAGUUUAACAUUGAAAGGGAUCCAAGGUGGUUGGGAAAAUCUGGUGGAAUCACUUCAACAUCUUACUGCUCUUAAAUGUUUAGAGUUGGAGACUAUUGGAAUGGAAAAGUUACCUAAAUGGUUAAGUAGUGUGAAUGAAAGUCGGCAGCACCAAUUUCACAAAGGUUUCCAUUUAAAGAUUAACGGAGAAGACAUAUGUGAGUUUUGCUGGAUAUUAUAUACCAUUGGCAGAACUACGUACAUUGCUGAAUUCGGGUAA